GGGCAAGUUCAGACUCCUGCACCUGUGCCUGUGUGUAGAGGAGCUUCUACAGUUCAGAUUCAAAUUUCUGUAUUCCCACCCAUUUCUCUUCAGAUAAUGGUCUCUUGGCUGUCUGCAGUAGGGAGCAGGGCAGCUGUGUCUCUUCUCACCUGGGGUCAUCUUAGCACUGCUUAUCACAGGCCUCAGCUCCCCAGUUCACCGAACUGUCCCCCCCUUUUCUUACAUGCUAGUCAAUCACUGCGGUUCGGACUGAACGGCUUCUGCGAUUUGGUUUCGCUGUUUGGAGGAAGGUAGUGACGGAGCCAGCAAGGAGGGGUUAGAGUAUUCAGGACUCCCUAGCAAUUGGUUCACAUACCAUCAUUUAAAAAAAAAAAAAUGAAGGAUUGCGUGCAAAAUUUCCCUUGUAGACAUUUAUAUUAGGUGUGCUAGGCUUAAUUAUUUCCAGACUCUAUGGCAAAAGCAAAUAAUACUUCUUCGAAUAUGGCAGGGCUUUGCACAGUAAAAGGUGGAGGAACCGUGGUGAAGUAGCGGCUGUUGCUGACAUCUGUCCUGUCACUAAGAUUACAAGAGACACAUGACAUGAGCCACAUUUCAGUAGGGGACGUGCACCAUGCUGGGCUCUGGGUUCAAGGCUGAGCGCCUGCGGGUCAACCUGCGCCUCGUCAUCAAUCGCCUCAAGUUGCUGGAGAAGAAGAAAACGGAGCUGGCCCAGAAGGCACGGAAGGAGAUUGCAGAUUAUUUGGCUGCUGGUAAGGAUGAGCGUGCGCGGAUCCGGGUGGAGCACAUCAUCCGGGAGGACUACCUGGUGGAAGCCAUGGAAAUCCUGGAGCUGUACUGCGACCUGCUUCUGGCUCGCUUUGGUCUGAUCCAGUCCAUGAAGGAGCUGGACUCUGGCCUGGCAGAAGCUGUCUCUACACUGAUCUGGGCUGCCCCACGGCUGCAGUCUGAAGUAACUGAGCUGAAAAUCGUUGCGGACCAGCUGUGCGCAAAGUACAGCAAGGAGUACGGCAAGUUGUGCCGCACCAACCAGAUCGGGACCGUCAAUGACAGGCUGAUGCACAAGUUGAGUGUGGAGUCUCCCCCCAAGAUCCUGGUGGAACGGUACCUGAUCGAGAUUGCCAAGAAUUACAACGUGCCCUAUGAGCCCGACUCCGUGGUAAUGGCCGAGGCCCCUGCCGGCAUUGAGGCGGACCUGAUUGGGUUUUCGGACGACGUGAAGAAAGGCGGCCGUGGAGGAGGGGGCGGUGGGUUCACUGCCCCGAUGAUGGGUGCCGAUGGAGUGGUGCCCAUGCCUAUGCCCAUGCCCAUGCCAUCACCACCCCCCCCCUUCUCCUACCCCGUGCCCAAGGGACCGGAGAACUUCAACCACCUGCCUGUGGGGACCUACCAGCCUUUCACCAACAUUCACCCACCUCCAAUACCACCUGUGCCCCCGACCUACGAGUCUAUUGACAACAUUGGCCCUGACAAGGACGUGCCUUCUGCUCAGGUGGCUGGUCCCGGGCCGAAGCCAGAGACCUCUGUGAAACCUGUGGCUAGAGCACCAGACCCGUAUGACAACUUUGUGCUGCCCGAACUACCGUCCGUGCCAGACACACUGCCUGCAGCAUCUGCAGGCACCAGCAGCGCUGCCUCUGAAGACAUUGACUUUGACGACCUCUCUCGGAGGUUUGAGGAGCUGAAGAAGAAGACAUGAGGCCAAGGGGACUGGGCUGGGCUCCAGUCCAGGGCAGGAGCUCAGAGUGGGCUGCUUCACUCCAAAUGGUCUCCCCUAGCACCCGGGUCCUGUAUUAACUGAAAACAAAUGCUCUGUCCUCUCAGCUCUUCUGCUGUGCUUGUACCAAAUGCUGCUGCUUCCCAGGCCCUUGCUCCAGCAGGCGUGGGCCGGAGCCCCUGGGAGGGGGAGCAAGGAGUGGCUCCGCUGCUGCCUGCAGGGGCUGAGGUGAUGUUCCCUGUUCUUUCCCCAUGGGCUCUGCAGCCUUCCCCCAGGGCAAGGCGACUGGGCUUCCCUGUUCCCGGCCUCUCAGGGAGCUCUCUGUGGCUUUGGCUGCUCCACAGGGGGAGGUCUGUUCUGCUCCCAGGAGGCAGCACUGGCCGGCCCUUGGGCCUGCACUGGCAGGGCACCAGCAGGCGUGUGCUGGGCGUUGCACUCCAGCCCUGUGCUGAGCAGGGUACAGGGCUGGCUGUGCCCUGUGCCCCCCACACCCUCUCAGCCCUGCGGUGCCCAUGGUGUAAUGUACUUGUACAUAAUAUUUUCACUCUGCUUUUCUGUAAUGGGUUUCAAUGGGGUUUGUAUGGGGUAGGUUCCUUCCUAAUAAAGGCUCAGGCCAGAGCAG